UCACUCUUAACUCAUAAAAUUCACUCUUCUUCUAUCACAAAAACAAGCUCUCUCUCUCUCUCUCGCUCUCUCUAGAGUUAUCAGCAAUUCAUCACUCCUCUUCUGCUUUCUAUAUUAAGAAAACGAAUCAGAUGGCAUUAGAAGCUUUAAACUCUCCAACUGCAGCCCCCACAUCGUUUCAAUUUGAGGAUUUAAGCCUCCCCUGCGCGGGAGAGCCAUGGGUAAAGCGCAAGCGCUCUAAGCGUCCACGUCUCGACCACCAGCCUACUGAAGAAGAAUAUCUCGCUCUCUGUCUUGUCAUGCUAGCUCGAGGUUCCACCAAUCUCCAAUUCUCCACUUCAGGCCAUCAGAAGUCCCUCACCCCAUCAACAGUUUUCACAUCUUCCGAGCUAAAAAAUAGUUACAAGUGUUCCGUAUGCAACAAGGAGUUUCCUUCAUACCAAGCCCUAGGCGGUCACAAGGCGAGUCACAGAAAACUAGCUGGAGGCGGCGAAGACCAAACUACUUCCAGUACAACUACUUCUGUCAUAACAGCAACAAAAACCGUAUCUAACGGAAGCGGUAAGACUCACGAGUGCUCCAUCUGCCACAAGACUUUUCCCACUGGACAGGCCUUGGGUGGUCACAAGAGGUGUCACUAUGAAGGCAUCAUAGGAGGCGGCGAAAAGAGUGGUGUCACUUCAACUUCUGAAAGUGCUGGAUCUACUAACACUCGCACUCAUAGCCACAACGAAUUUGACCUCAAUAUUCCUGCCUUGCCAGAGUUCUCUUCAUGUUUCUCUGUAUCUGGUGAAGAUGAAGUUAUGAGCCCUCUACCGGCAGCGAAAAAGCUUCGUAUUUCGAUGCCACCCAGAUUUGUAGUCUCCCAAGCUCAGUAGAAAAAUUAUAACCUCUGUUAGGCUGUGUUAGGUGAUGUCAAUUUAGAGAUUUAUUCCAUUGUUUUGACUUUUUUAAUUUAUUUAAUUAAUUUUUUUUGUGCAUA